AUGCCUGGCGUGACAGCGUCAUCCGCUCACGGGCGCUCCCGCGAACCGGCUGGGCAUGGAGGGCACCUCGCCGGCUGCAUAAAAUGGUUGCCUCACAAGGAGAAGUUGACCGUGGUGGACGCCGAGAUCGACGAUAACAUCGUUCGGCGGCCUCGAUCUCGAGAGCAAACACCCCAACAGCCAAAGAACGAGGCUUGGCUAUUUGCCCAUCGCACCGUGCAGCCCACACCCGGACAAUGGGAAGCUGCUGCGUCUUCGAGACCCAUCGGCGCAGAUGAGGAAGACUUCGUAUGUGAACACGGGAUCACAGCGGUCUAUUCGGUUGAAGUCGUUGGGCCCUAUGACCGAAGGGGGCCUGGGUACUUCCUUUCGCCUUCCUCAUACCAGGAGCUCAUCGAUUUUCCUGCUCCGAGUCCUCAUCCCCUCUCGCACACCCUGCCUUCAGAACAUCUUCUUCCAGCACGAAUCGACAACAACCUGAGACAGGACGCAACACCAUCCUCCGCCACCUACACGACCCGGUUGGAGAUAGCUAGGGAAUACGAGCGUCGCCAUGGCACCCUGCGCCAACCUCACGUAGAGCACCAGGCCAGAGGUCCUCGUAGCACUGCUUACAGCCACACACAUCACAGGAAUGAACGACAGAGCCUGCUACCCAUAAGCAACGAUUACCCUCCUCUCUCAUACGGUACUUACUCAACGUCCCCCAGGCCGAUUGUGAUUAGAGGUAGCUACGAGGGCCCACCCACCGAGCCGUUCGACCGGGGUAAGUUUUGGAAGAGAGUGAAGAUGGCAGUCUGGAUCUUGGCGGCGCUGUCCGUAUCGUACGGGACGUACCGCGGCGUCUGCUGGACUGUCGACGUCGUCAAGAGUGCUGUGGCGUGGUGCAAGGACGGGGUUCGUGUGGAGGACAAGGCCGGGGAUUUAUGGUUAUCGGUGACCAAGGCGUUCAGGUCGCUCAACUUGGUCUGA